ACUUAAUGAAACAUUUAUAAACUUGAAUAUUAUUUAAUAGCUUUUUGUGUUCACUAUUACCCUUUAUUUCAAGUUAAACUUGAAAAGAAAUUAGUUUCAUAUUUGUUCCAUUUACUUCACGUAAUUUUAGUCUGUAGUUAUAGAUAAGUUUGAGUGACUAGUGGAAGCUGAAGAAACCUGAUUAAGUCAACAAAAUCACACCUAGUUUUUCCAAAAUAUUCAUGUAUAUAUAAACGUUUUUAUAUCAUCUAAACAGCAGGACAACAUACCUCCUAUUACCAAUGAAGAUCGCAUUUCAACUGUCUCUUCAUUUCACUCUACUCGUUUUGGCGUCUUGCUACGCUAGCGAUGGACACAACCCUCUAAAGAUCGCUUUAAACAUCCAACGCUCCAGAAGAUCCGAAUUGAAUCAUGUAUGUAACGAAGAUUACUUAGCCGAGUAUUCAACCUCACAAGUAUACAUGGGCCCACAAAAAGGGUUAAAGGAUGCCGAUAAAAUAUCCAGUUUGCCAGGUCAGCCAGCCGGAACAGACUUUGACCAGUACUCAGGGUAUGUUACCGUUGACCCGAACAAUGGGAGAGCACUGUUUUACUAUCUUGCAGAGUCACCUGUCAACUCUUCCACUAAGCCUCUUGUACUCUGGCUAUCUGGAGGGCCGGGCUGCUCUUCGUUUGGAACCGGUGCCAUGAUGGAACUUGGACCGUUUCGAGUCAACGCUGAUAAUACAACACUGUCACGUAAUAUAUAUGCAUGGAACAACGUUGCAAAUGUCAUUUUCUUGGAAUCCCCGGCUGGAGUUGGAUUUUCUUACUCCAACACGUCUUCAGAUUAUGUAACUGGUGAUGCACAAACCGCAAGAGAUUCGUAUACGUUUCUAAUCAACUGGUUAGAAAGAUUCCCGGAGUACAAAACUAGAGAUUUUCACAUCGUAGGAGAAAGCUAUGCAGGGCAUUUUGCGGUUCAACUUGCACAGUUAAUUCUUCAAAACAACAAGAUCACCAAUCACACUGUCAUUAACCUUAAAAAAGUUGCUCUCGGAAAUGCAUAUCUCGAUAGUGAAACAGAUAACGUAGGGACGUAUGAGUUUUUCUGGACACACGCCAUCAUUUCUGAUGAAAUACAUGAAGGAAUCGUUUCCAACUGCAAUUUUUCCGAAGGUGGAAUCAUAACAGAUGCGUGUAACGACUAUCAAAAUCAGGCACUCGCUGCUAUGAGCAACAUUUUCCCAUUUAAUAUCUAUUACCCUUUAUGCCCAUUAAUCAGCAAUAGCACUUUUUUGGCCGUCGAACCGAUAUCGGGAUUUGAUCCAUGCACCGAGGUUUAUAUUCGAGCAUACCUGAACAUUCCUGCUGUGCAACAAGCGCUUCAUGCAAGACCGGUUGAAUACAUAGCUUGCAACGACUUCAUCUAUGCAAACUAUACGGACAUGCCUUUUACAGUGUUGCCUGUGGUUCGGGAUCUAAUGGCCAAUGGGAUCAGUGUUUGGAUCUUUAGUGGAGAUGUAGACGGGAGUGUACCAGUGACGAUAAGUAGGUAUGAUGUAAACAAACUAGCGACAUCAGUCAAGACACCAUGGUAUCCAUGGAUGUACCGAGGCGAGGUUGGCGGAUAUGUUGAGGGAUAUGAAAACCUAACAUUUGUGACGAUAAGAGGAGCUGGACAUUUCGUCCCAAGCUACCAACCAGGACGCGCUCUAGCAUUCUUCACUUCCUUUUUGGAGGGAACGCUUCCAACAAAUCACAUUGCACUUCACUUGUUUGUUCAUUUCAGUCUACUCGUGCUCGUAUCUUGCUACGGUGGCAACGGGUACGACCCUCUUGAGAACGCAUUAAAGAUUCAACGUUCAAGAAGAACUGUAUCGAAUCAUGCAAGUAAAGAAGAAGUCACAGUUGAGAACUCAUAUACUCCGGUCUACGUAGGCCCACAAGAUGGGUUGAAGGAGGCUGACAAGAUAUCAGAGUUGCCAGGUCAGCCUGCAGGAACAAACUUUGACCAGUACUCAGGGUAUGUGACAGUUGACGCAAACCACGGAAGAGCACUGUUCUACUAUUUUGCAGAGUCACUAGUCAACUCUUCCACUAAUCCUCUUGUACUCUGGCUCAAUGGAGGGCCGGGCUGUUCGUCGUUUGGAAGCGGGGCCAUGAUGGAACUUGGACCGUUUCGAGUCAAUGCUGAUAAUACAACAUUGUCAUGGAAUAAAUAUGCAUGGAACAACGUUGCAAAUGUCCUUUUCUUGGAAUCACCGGCUGGAGUCGGAUAUUCUUACUCGAACACGUCUUCAGACUAUAUAACUGACGAUGUACAAACCGCAAAAGAUUCAUACACGUUUCUAGUUAAUUGGUUAGAGAGAUUCCCGGAAUACAAAACUAGAGAUUUUUACAUCACGGGAGAAAGCUAUGCAGGGCAUUAUAUACCUCAACUCGCACAAUUAAUUCUUCAAAACAACAAGAUCACCAAUCAAACUGUCAUUAACCUUAAAGGAAUUGCUCUCGGAAAUGCAUAUGUCGAUGAUGAAACCGAAAACGCAGGAAUGUAUGAUUAUUUCUGGACACAUGCAAUCAUUUCUGAUGAAAUCCAUGAAGGAAUCAUUUCCAACUGCAACUUUUCAGAGGGUGCAAACGUAACAGAUGCAUGUAAUGACUAUCAAAAUCAGGCAUUUGCUGCUAAAAGCAACGUCUAUUUCUACGACAUAUAUGCCCCUUUAUGCUCACCAUUUAGCAAUAGCACUCCAUCGAUAUCAGGAUUUGAUCCAUGCACCGAGAACUAUAUUUAUGAAUACCUGAACACUCCUGUUGUGCAACAGUCGCUUCAUGCAAAACCGGUCCAGUGGGAAUCUUGCAAUGACUUCAUCGGUAUAAACUGGAAGGACAUGCCUUUUACAGUGUUGCCUGUGAUACAGGAUCUAAUGGCCAGCGGAAUCAGUGUUUGGAUCUACAGUGGAGAUACAGAUGGGAGAGUACCAGUGACAACAACUAGGUAUGAUAUAAACAAACUACAAACACCAGUCAAGACACCAUGGUACCCAUGGAUGUACCAAGGCGAGGUUGGUGGAUAUGUUGUGGGAUACGAAAACGUAACAUUUGUGACGAUAAGAGGAGCUGGGCAUUUCGUCCCAAGCUACCAACCAGGGCGCGCUCUAGCGUUCUUCACUUCCUUCUUGGAGGGAAAGCUUCCUACCGAUCACUAAGUAAAACUUUAAGAAUAGUAUGUUUUAAGAUUGAUCUUCAAACAUAAGUUGUAUUACAUCCCUGAUGUAUUCAUCUACUAAUUGGUAUACUAUACGAUUACAACAUGCUAUUAAAAGAUUGACAUAAA